CGAAGGGGCAGGAAACUGUGGUAACUCACUUGGAGGGUAGCAGGGAACUGGAGGUGUGGCCACGCCCGCUGCCCGCAGAGGACUCGGGGAGACACGAAGGGCGAGACACGAAGGGCAGUGGGAAGGUGAGGUGGGCCCGUGGGACGCCGUCCGCCUGGAAGAGCACAGGCCUCCAUCUGGAGGGAAGGCGGCCGCGGCUGUGGCUCUGCGGGCGGCCAGCAGCGUGUGGCUGGCCUGGCACCUGCGCCAGAUCCUGGUGCUUGUUCUCGGAGGCCAGGAGCGAUGGUUUGUUUUUUCAGCCCCUGAGUUAAUUAGGAAUGCAGCCAGCCCCACGCUCUGUUCACAAGACUUGGCCUUCAAGGUUGAUGGCCGCGUCCCAGACGUUAACGUUAUCGGAAGCCUGACGCCCGCGUGGUUCUCGCGCCUUCCUGUGCACACAGGUGAGACCGCUCAGGUGAGACCGAUGCCCGCCCCGAGGAGCAGGUGCUGACGCCCCCAGCCUGGUGCUGCGCCUCCUGACACCACCGCCCACCCAGGAUCUAAAUGCCACAGCGCCCCCGGGGCACAGUGGGCUGCGACCCGCUGUUGCCUGCAAAGACCGCACGGCCAUGGGGAACGCCGAGAGCCAGAGCGUGGAGCACGCGUUCUACGGGGAGAAGCGUGCCAGCCUGGGGCGCAAGCACACGUCGCGCUCGCUGCGCCUGUCGCACCGGGCGCGGCGGGCCCGGCACGCGUCCUCGGGGAAGGCGGUGCCCAGGAGCUCCGAGGUGAGCGCGCGCUCCAGCAGCACCCCCAGCAUCCCGCAGUCGCUGGCGGAGAGCGGCCUGGAGCCCUUCGCGCAGGAGGGCGCCCUCGAGGCCUUCGGGAGCCCCACCUGGGUGGACCGUGUGGAUGCGGGCCUGAGGCCCGUGUCCUACACCGACUCCUCUGUGGCCCCCAGUGUGGGCAGCAGCAUCGUCCUCGCUGCGGCCUCCGUGCCCAGCGUGCCUGACUCGGAGGACAGCCGGCUCUACGGUGAGGAUGCGGCCUACCCGGCUGAGGGUGGCAGGCGGCCGCAUCCCUAUGAGCGCGCCGGGCCCACGUUCCCGGAGAGUGCCGGCUUCAGGAAGAAGCGCUCCAAGUCCGCAGACAUCUGGCGGGAGGACAGCCUGGAGUUCUCGCUCUCCGACCUGAGCCAAGAGCAUCUGACGAGCAACGAGGAGAUCCUGGGUGCUGCCGUGGAGAGGGACCGCCAGGAGGCCCGGCGGGCGGAGAGCCGGCUGGGCCCGCGGCCACCCGCCACCUGUCAGCGCGCCAAUUCCCUGAGCGAUCUCUGCACUCCGGACAGCGCCAGGGUGAUGGCCAACGGGGGGCCCAGGAGCAAGUGCGCUGGCUACUGUCGCAAUUUGGCGUCUGACCACCCCCACCGGGCCAACCACAAGGCGCCACCCGCCGCUGCCGAAGAGGCUGCCCCCUACAACAACUACAACACCCUUCCCUGCAGGAAGUCCCACUGCCUCUCAGAAGGCGCCACCAACCCACAGCUGAGCCACAGCAGCAGCAUGCAGGGCAGGAGGGCCAGGACAACCCAGGAUGUGAAUGCGGGAGAAGGCAGCGAGUUUGCCGACAGUGGGAUUGAAGGGGCCACCACGGACACGGACCUGCUGUCCAGGCGCUCCAAUGCCACCCACUCGAGCUACUCGCCGCCCCCUGGCCGUGCGUUUGCGGGCAGUGACAGCGGCAGCAGCAGCACAGGGGACGCAGCGCGCCAGGGCGUGUACGAGAACUUCCGCCGCGAGCUGGAGCUGAGCGCCGCCAACCGCGAGAGCCUGGAGGACGCGGGCUCGGGGCACAGUGACGAGCGCUCCAGCGGUGCCCCAAGCUCGCCGGGCCGCUCCGACGUGCUGCGGGAGGCGGCGCGGGGCACGGUGCGCAAGGCGGGCGCCCUUGCCGUCAAGAACUUCCUGGUGCACAAGAAGAACCGGAAGGUGGAGCCGGCAGCGCGCAGGCGCUGGAAGCACUACUGGGCAUCCCUGAAAGGGUGCACGCUCCUGUUCUACGAGAGCGACGGCAGGUCAGGCGUUGACCCCGCCAGCACCCCCAAGCACGCCGUGUGGGUGGAGGACAGCAUCGUGCAGGCCGUGCCUGAGCACCCCAAGAAGGACUUCGUCUUCUGCCUCAGCAACUCCCUGGGCGACGCCUUCCUCUUCCAGACCACCAGCCAGACGGAGCUGGAGAACUGGGUCACCGCCAUCCACUCCGCCUGCUCCGCCGCCGUCGCGCGGCACCACCACAAGGAGGACACACUGCGCCUGCUCAGGUCGGAGGUGAAGAAGCUGGAGCAGAAGAUCGACAUGGACGAGAAGAUGAAGAAGAUGGGCGAGAUGCAGCUGUCCUCCGUCACCGACUCCAAGAAGAAGAAGACCAUCCUGGACCAGAUCUUCGUCUGGGAGCAGAACCUAGAGCAGUUUCAGAUGGACCUGUUCCGCUACCGCUGCUACCUGGCCAGCCUCCAGGGUGGGGAGCCGCCCAACCCCAAACGGCUGCUCGCCUGCGCCAGUCGGCCCACGAAGGCGGCCAUGGGCCGGCUGGGCAUCUUCUCCGUGUCGUCUUUCCACGCCCUGGUGGCGGCGCGCACCGGGGAGACGGGGGUGCGGCGGCGAACCCAGGCGACACCCCGGCCCGCGAGCAAGCGCAGGAGCAGGUUCUCCUCUCUGUGGGGCCUGGACACCACCUCCAAGAAGAAGCAGGGGCACCCCAGCAUCAGCCAGGUGUUUGGGGACGGACCCGACGCGGUCAAGCAGUCUUUGGAGGGCGUCUUCGACGACACCGCCGCAGAUGGCAAGACGGAGAAGGAGCCGGGCCUGCCUGGCGUCCACCAGCACAACCCUGACGGUGACAUCUGGGUCCAUGAAUACUUCACGCCAUCCUGGUUCUGUCUACCCAAUAACCAGUCCGCCCUGACGGUCAUCCGGCCGGGGGACACCGCCCGGGACACUCUGGAGCUGAUCUGCAAGGCCCACCAGCUGGACCACUCGGCUCAUUACUUGCGUCUGAACUUUCUGAUCGAGAACGAGACUCGGCACUACGUGCCCCGGCCGGAGGAGGACAUUUACGAGCUGCUGUACAAAGAAAUUGAAAUUUGUCCAAAAGUCACUCAGAACAUCCAGAUGGAGAAGUCAGACGCAGCUGGCGACAAUUACGGGUUUUUUCUGUCUUCCGAGGAUGAAGACGGCGUUCGGAGGCUCUAUGUGGACAGCGUGAAGGACACCGGGCUGGCGUCCAGGAAAGGCCUGAAGGCAGGAGACGAGGUCCUCGAGAUCAAUAACCAGACAGUCGGCACCCUGAGCUCCUCGGUGCUCAGAGACUUCCUCCUGCAGCCCAGCCUGGGCCUCCUGGUGAGGACGCGCCCCGCACUGGAGGGGGGCGCCCCGCCGCUGGAGAGCCCGCCCCACCGCACCGACGGCCCUGUGGACUCCAGCCAGGGCCCCCUCGCCCCCCUCGCCGGCAGCCCAGGGCCAUGCAGCAGGCGGAGCAGCAGCGCUGAGAAGGCCCCCGAGGAGGCGGACGGGCCGGACGCCGAGUCCUCCGACGACACGGACCGCAGCAGCAAGAGUGCGGGACCGGGGGCUGCGAGCCGCCACAGCCCACACGAGAUGAACCCCCGUGACCCGAGCCCAUCCCCCCAGGACACCAGUGGGCCACAGCCGGCCGCCACGAGGCAGCUGACGGACGCUGACAAGCUGCGCAAGGUGAUCUGUGAGCUCCUGGAGACGGAGCGCACCUACGUGAAGGACUUGAACUGCCUGGUGGAGAGAUACCUCAGGCCCCUUCGGAAGGAGACGUUCCUCACUCCAGAUGAGCUGGACGUGCUCUUCGGGAACCUGCCGGAGAUGGUGGCGUUUCAAGUAGAAUUCCUCAGAACGCUGGAGGACGGGGUGCGCCUGGUCCCUGACUUGGAGAAGCUCGAGAGAGUCGAUCAGUUCAAGAAGGUGCUGUUUUCCCUGGGGGGCUCCUUCCUGUACUACGCCGACCGCUUCAAGCUGUACAGCGCCUUCUGCGCCAGCCACACGGAGGUCCCCAAGGUCCUGGUGAAAGCCAGGACGGACGCGGCGUUCAAGGCCUUCCUGGACGCGCAGAACCCGAAGCAGCAGCACUCGGCCACGCUGGAGUCCUACCUCAUCAAGCCCAUCCAGCGGGUCCUCAAGUACCCGCUGCUGCUCCGCGAGCUCUUCUCGCUGACCGACGCAGACAGCGAGGAGCACUACCACCUGGACGUGGCCAUCAAGACCAUGAACAAGGUGGCCAGCCACAUCAACGAGAUGCAGAAGAUCCACGAGGAGUUCGGGGCUGUGUUCGACCAGCUGAUCGCUGAGCAGACCGGCGAGAAGAAGGAGGUGGCGGACCUGAACAUGGGCGACCUGCUGAUGCACACGACUGUCACCUGGCUGGACCCGCCCGCUGCGCUGGGCAAGUGGAAGAAGGAGCCGGACCUGGCCGCCUUCGUCUUCAAGACCGCCGUGGUCCUGGUGUACAAGCACGGCCCCAAGCAGAAGAAGAAACUGGUUGGACCUCACCGGCUCUCCAUCUAUGAGGAGUGGGACCCUUUCCGCUUCCGGCACAUGAUCCCCACUGAAGCUCUGCAGGUCCGCGCUGUGGCCAGUGCUGACGCAGACACCAGCACGGCCUGUGAGAUCGUGCACGUGAAGUCGGAGUCGGAAGGGAGGCCGGAGAGGGUGUUCCACCUGUGCUGCAGCUCCCCCAAGGCCCGCAAGGAUUUCCUGAGGGCCGUGCACUCCGUCCUGCGGGACAAACACCGCCGGCAGCUGCUCAAAACCGAGAGCCUGCCCUCGGCCCAGCAGUACGUCCCCUUCGGAGGGAAGCGGCUGUGUGCACUGAAGGGGGCCCGGCCGGCCAUGAGCAGGGCAGUGUCCGCCCCGAGCAAGUCUCUCGGCAGAAGGAGGCGGCGGCUGGCUCGGAACAGGUUCACCAUCGAUUCCGACGCCGUGUCCGCCGGCAGCCCGGAGCGAGAGGCCCAGCAGCCCCCCGGCGCCGGGGACACUGACCGGUGGGUGGAGGAGCAGUUUGAUCUUGCACAGUACGAGGAGCAGGACGGCGUCAAGGAGACAGACAUCCUCAGUGACGACGACGAGUUCUGUGAGUCCGAGAAGGGCGCCAGCGUGGACAGGGGCCUGCCCGAGCGGCUGCAGGCUGCCUGCAUCGGUCAGGGGACCCGGGGCCACCCGCGCCCAGACAGCCACGCCUCCCGUAUGACACAGCUCAGGAAGCAGGCGGCCCUGCCCGGCGGCGGAGGGGCCCUGGGGCCGGCGGGCGAGGAGGUCGUCUGGGUCCGGCGUGAAGACCUUGCCCCGUCCCAGAAACUGAACACGGAGAUCUGACCGUCCGCCUGGAGAGUGGGUGCAGAUGCUGGUCCCACCCCGCGCCUCCCUGCUCCCUGCGCCCUCCAGGGCGAGGAUGUCCCCUUCAGCCGCACUCUCGCGCACACAGUCCUGGCAGCCGACUCUGCUCCGAAGCCACAGCAUCAGAACGAGUUGUUCAGAAUCUCAAGCAGGCUCGCGCCCCACCUUCUGUGUGUGGCUAGGGGCUCUCUGUCCCCAUAAACCGAGCUGGGAGAGUGAAGAGAGGUCCCACGGCACCAGAGUCACAUUCCCCUGGGGGGGGGGGUGGCGCUGUGCCACAGGUCACUGGAAGGGACAGCGCAGGAGGAGCAGGAGCAAGGUCACCCUGUCUGAGCCCAGUUGCAGCGUCUCCUGGCUGAGGCCGCUCGCAGUGACGGAGCCAGGGCGUGGCCACAGGGUCCCUCCAGCCCUGUCCUCCUCAGUGUCAGGACCGCCACCCAUCCUCAGGGUGUGCGAGGGGGUGUGCACGGGGGCGUGUGAGAGGACGGGGCCUUUUCGUCUUGAUGGGCCUCUCCCCCUCUUCCGUCCUGGUCUGUGGCUGGUGUCAGGUGACAUCAGCGCUCGGAAGUUGUAAUUUUGCAGAGAAUUAUAAAGAUGCCAAACUCUUUGAAAAGAGACCCAAAUUUAUCACUUGGGGAAAAAAAACGCAAUUUUUUUUUUGUAUUUUCCCUGAGAGGCAGGGUACAGACAGAUGAGAGUUUCACUGUUGGAGUGACUGAGUCUGAAGGGAGGAUUUCACCCUUGCCAGUGUGUGUGAGGCGUGUGGCUUUAUAUUUACACACAUGGACAGCCGGCAGGGUGCUCAUGCGUCGGAGACACGUUUUCCCAGAAGACUGUGUGCGUGUUUGUUUGUCUGUCUGAACCUCCUGUGAGACGGGCGCCUGGCAGGAGCAGACAGGACCCCCAGAGGGCCGGGUGCUUGCCUGGGGCCCCCGCCGGCGGGGGGGCGGGGUCGCGCCUCCUGGGGUUGCCAUGGUGACGCGGCUUGUCCGUCAUAGUUGCAUCUCUGUCCAUUGCCUGCCCUUCCCUGACGCUCCCUCACCAACCUCCCAACAAGACCACCUCUUCCCAGACAUGUCCUGUGUUGAACACUCUCUUCAUGCCAACGAAACAGGGUACACACGCUAAUAAACUCUCACACGCUAAGCAGGUUUCCACGUAGGGAGAACAAAACCAACUUAAAGCACUUUCGAUUUUUCUUUUUUAAUAAAAAAGGUUUGUAGCUUUUUUCCCCCGUUUCACAAGUCCACUUCCUAAGAAGGGUUUAAAUAAUAUGAAAACUUUCUUUUUUGGGAAAAUACCUAUUUGGUGUUUGGCACAUCUGUAGGUACUUUAACGACCUGAAUUUUAUAGCAGCUCUCGGGACUCUAUUUUGUACAAACCAGUCGUGACUUUGUAUUUCCAGACGUGGAGCCCCGCCCCUCGCCGGCGCCCCGCCCCUCCCGCCGGUGCCGCUUGCUGCCUGCUGUCCCGCCCCUCUCUCGGGUUCCCAGGGCUUUGAGCUUGGUCCUCGGGAGGUUUUAUUCUAUGAACUUUUGCUACAUCUUCUGACUUUCUGAAAAAGCUUUAGAGUGGUUUCUACGCCCUUUGUGUCCCUGCACUGUGCACACCGCCCUGGUCCGCUGUGUCCUUCGAGGGGGCGGGAGCCCGGGUCUGUCGCCUGCGCGUCACAGGGUCGGUUGCUCACGGAGGGCGCCGAGCUGCUUGCGCGGUCGCCCUGCCGUGUCUGUGUUCAGAGUUCUUAUAUAUUUCUUUUAUAAGCUGAGAGAAGGUCUAUUUUUGUGUUUCUCGGUCUAUGAGCAGAACGUUGUAAAUGCCUGUCGGACAAUAAAAGCGUUGGAAAGUGUCUGGCUCUGGGCCUUUGUGGGUCGAUGACAGCGGCUGGCAGAGCGCGUGGGGUGGGGACUGCGGGGCCAGGCUCCUUGUCCCCAGUGGCCCUGCUCCUCCGGGGACGCCUGGGUUGCUUAGUGUCAGUGUUUCAGAUUUACUUAUUACGAAGGCGUCACAGAUUCACGAGGCCAGUUGUCCCGCACGGUGAUUCGAUGUCCCCACGCACUGUCUGCAGUGUCGCUGCAUAGCUACCGAGCUCCUGCGAUGAGGACACUUGAGAUCCGGUCUCCGUGUCCACUUACAGAUCGGCGCUCUUGGUGACUGCGGUCGCAUCCCCGCUUCCUGCCGCCUGCGGCCCCUGACCGCCCCCACUCUGUUCUCCAGGAGCUCAGCGCUGUUGGUUGGGCUCAGACGCCACACAGCACGUCCCG